AAAGAUUAUUUAAUGUGAGGUGUGAACUCAUGCAACACGAGUAGCAGCACAAGAAACCACUAAAAAGCAUAGAAACAAACCAAAACUGGCAAAAAUAUCCCAAGUUUACGAUUCUCCUAAACAACAUAAAUCAUCUUUAUGAGGACUAUUGGAACACUUACUAGUGAGUUCUAUCAUGAUGGAUUCUCAAACACUUAACUUGCUAGCCCUUACAUCCUUUAUCCUAUUCAUGAUUGUGGCACUGAAAAUAGGAAGGAAUCUCAAGAAAACUGAGGUAACUCUAAAAACACCACCAGGACCAUGGAAGCUACCUAUUAUAGGAAGCAUACCCCAUCUUGUUACAUCUACACCACAUCGAAAAUUAAGAGACUUGGCCAAAAUAUAUGGACCCUUGAUGCAUCUGCAACUUGGGGAGAUCUUCACAAUCAUUGUUUCCUCACCAGAGUAUGCUAAGGAGGUAAUGAAAACCCAUGAUAUCAUCUUUGCAUCAAGGCCUACUAUUCUGGCUUCUGAUAUUUUGUCCUAUGAAUCCACAAAUAUUGCUUUUGCACCUUAUGGAAAUUAUUGGAGACAACUACGAAAAAUAUGUACUGUCGAGCUCUUCACUCAAAAACGUGUGAAUUCAUUCAAGCCAAUAAGAGAAGAAGAGCUCACCAAUCUCAUCAAAAUGAUUUAUUCACAUAAUGGGUCACCCAUCAACCUCACUGAAGCAGUACUUUUAUCAAUAUACAAUAUCAUUUCCAGAGCUGCUUUUGGCAUGAAAUGCAAAGAUCAAGAAGAAUUCAUAUUGCUGGUGAAAGAAGGAGUAACAGUUGCAGCAGGUUUUAAGAUUGGAGAUUUGUUUCCUUCUUCUAAAUGGAUUCAGCGUGUCACUGGUUUGAGGCCUAAGCUUGAGAGGUUGCAUAGACAAAUUGAUCGGAUAUUAGAAGACAUCAUUGUUCAACAUAAAGUGGGAAAUUCUAAAUCCAAAGAAGGCCAAGGUGAAGCAGAGGAAGAUCUGGUAGAUGUUCUCCUAAAAUUCCAGGAUGGUAAUCAGGAUAUUUGGUUGACUGAUAACAAUGUAAAGGCUAUAAUCCUGGACAUAUUUGGUGCUGGAGGUGAGACAGCAGCAACUACCAUAAAUUGGGCAAUGGCAGAGAUGGUAAGGGAUCCAAGAGUAAUGAAAAAAGCACAAGUUGAGGUGAGAGAGGCAUUCAAUAUGAAAGGAAUGGUUGAUGAAGUUCUCAUUGAUGAACUCAAAUAUUUGAAAUCAGUUGUCAAAGAGACCUUAAGGCUACACCCUCCAGCUCCUCUUCUAAUUCCAAGAGAAAAUGGACAAGCAUGUGAGAUUCAUGGUUAUCACAUACCUAUCAAAAGCAAGAUAUUUGUAAAUGCUUGGGCAAUUGGAAGAGAUCCAAACUACUGGAGUGAACCAGAGAGGUUUUAUCCAGAGAGAUUCAUUGAUAGCCCUAUUGACUACAAGGGGAAUAAUUUUGAGUACAUUCCAUUUGGUGCUGGAAGAAGAAUAUGUCCAGGCAGCACAUUUGGUUUAAUAAAUGUUGAGUUGGCCCUUGCAUUUUUGUUGUAUCACUUUGAUUGGAAGCUUCCAAAUGGAAUGGAAAGUGAGGAGUUGGACAUGACUGAGGAAUUCGGAGUGACUGUUAGAAGAAAAGAUGACCUAUACUUGAUACCCAUCACUUCACAUCCAUUCCCGGUCAGAUAAACCAGAUAAGCAACAGCUAUAAUCUGUUAAUUUUGUUAUUACGCAUUUACUACUAAAAUAAUGCUUUGUUUCAAUGUUGAUUUUAGUAGAACUGAAGAUUUUAUAACGCAUCCAAAGCCAUUGACACCUAUGUUAAGAAUCUCCAUGCUAACAAGGAAAAUUUAGUUGCAACAAAUUGGCAUGUUGCUAGAACUGUGGUUUAAUUAUUAUGCUUCACAUGACGAAGACCGCGUGUGUGUGUGUGUGUGUAGAGUUUUUUGCAUGCAUUGUCUGCUUCACAUGCAACCAUUGGUAGAGGUCCUUUAACUGGCUUGGAAUGCUUAUGCAAACAGUUAAGAGGCCAACAAAUGCAAAAGCAUAAACCUGUUCAGUGGUGCCAAACUCAUUGUAACCGUCUUAACUGUUUAAGAUACUAUAUUUAAUCUUUUUAAU